GGCACCUCAGAAAGCUGCAACCUUCUCCAAAGCACGACUGGAAUUGCGUGCACACCGAACCGCCCAAAUGGGGAAAGCAAAAGAACCAAGCCGGCUGCUGGUAUGGAUUGAUUGCGAGGUAUGAAGACCAAACUUGGUGGUUUGCCCGCAACGCAGCUUUGCGCCACCAGCACCGAUGAAGAAACUAAUCUCUGGCCCUCCAACAAUAGAUGACGGGUCUGGACAUAGAGAACGAUGUGAUCAUCGAAAUCUUCUGCAUUAUUACCAAUGGCAACCUGGAUGUGCUGGAUGAGGAGGGGUGGGGAGCAGUCAUUCAUCAACCAAAAGAGAGAAUGGACCAGAUGGUCAGUCUAUCCAUACCCCUAUCCAUACCCCUUGAGCCCCUCAUAGCAAGCUGGAGCUGUGUGUGAUCUGAGCUCCUAUUGACAUGGUCUGCCACAGGACGAAUGGUGCACCAAGACUCAUCGUGAUUCCGGGCUCACGGCAGCGGUUCUUUCGUCGACCACCACGCCCGAACAAGCUUCUGCCUCGCUCCUUGGCUAUAUCAAGAAAUACAUCAAAUCUCCACGAACGGCCUUGCUCGCAGGGAACAGCGUCCACGCAGACAAAGCAUUUCUCCGAAGGGGGGCAUACAAACAAGUCCACGACUACCUCAGCUAUCGGAUAUUGGAUGUGAGUACGAUCAAAGAGGCAGCUCUUCGCUGGUGUGAUGCGGAAGUGGUCGAGGGGAGACCGGCCAAAAAGCUGCUGCACAAGGCCAAGAACGACAUUCUCGAGAGCAUUGAAGAAGCCCGAUAUUAUAAAGAGGUGAUAUUCCAAAAGAAAUCCGAGACCUGA